AAAUACAGACAUGAAAAAAAAAAUGUUAAAGAAGCAAGUAAUGACAACAAGAUUACUUGCAAAAUGGGCCAUAUCUUCUUAUGGGCUAUAUCCAAAACUCAAAUACCAUAUCCAUUAUCCAUCAAACUAGUACUAACAUUCAACUGAAGAAGAAGAAGAACAAGAUCGAUCGAAGAAGAAAUCAAUUUGAAAAAAGAUGACUGCAAUUUCUGAAUCAGAACCUCAAACAUCUUCAUCUUCUUCCUCAAAUUCAACUAUAACAACAACUGAUUCUUCUUCAACAACUGGUUUAAUUUUAUCAAACACAGAAACUAUACAAUCUUUCCUCACUUCUUCAUCAUCAUCUUCAUCAAAUCUCCCUGAAAAUCUCCGGCAAUCUGCUCUUUCUCUCUCCUCUCAAUCUUCUCUUCCUUAUCAAUCUCUGAGAUCCAUCUGGGUUGCAUCUGACCCCACUACCAGACCCUCUCUCUCUCUCCUCCUUCGCGGUUCUUCUUUCCUCUUCAAUAGCCCUAAACCUCGAGAAAAGAGCGAAGAGCUGAAAGCAAGGUUGAAGAAGCUAGAGGAGUUAGCUGAGAGGAAAGCAUAUGCAGAGCUUGUGAAAGAUAUUACUCCAAAGGAGCCAAAUGAGCCCUUUUCAACUUACAAGGACCAACUUGGAUUUGGUUUACAUGUCGUGGUCAUUAUGUUCACUGGUUACCUUGUUGGAUACAUUGCCUUCAGGGCAUUAUUUGACCGUAACCCUAUCAUGAGUACUGCAGGAGGCAUCCUAGGUUUGGUUCUUGGCAUGCUUGUGGAAACACUUUUAUUCAUCAUUAGAACUACUGAUUACAGUGAAAAAUCAUCGAAACCUCGUCCACCUUCUAACUUGAAGUUCAAGAAAAAUCAAUAGGAUCUUAGGUUGAGAUUCUCCUCAGGCACGCCUCCUUCUCUUUCUCUUGUGAUCCUCACUUAAAAGAGAUUGGUGUUCUUGAUUUCCAAUGUUGUUGUAUACACUUUUUUCCCCAAUAAAUAAGGCUUAUUUUAUUGUACACAUUACCGAGUAUAAGCUAAGGGCAUGUUCCGGCUGAGCUGAGCUGAGCUGAUUAAUUAGUGAAUUUUAACUACGGAUUAGUGAUCUUUGAUUAUUUAUUGAUUAUUUAUUACUA